AUGUCUCUGUUGCGCCUAGUUUUUGCUCUUGUUACUAUCUUACCCUCCAUCGCUCUUGGUGAUAAGACUGGUGGCAUAAAUUUCACUAUUGGUGCACUCCUCAGCAGUGUCAAGGUUAUGAAGCUUUUUAAUUCCUCCGUUAGUGAUGUCCGUGCACAUGUUAAUGGCAGAAAGGUUUCAUUCACACCGCUUACUGAGCUUCUGGCAUCAAAUGCCCUAAAAGCCUCCAAGCAACUGUGCUCAAUGUUCGCGGCAGGAAAGGGUCGUCUUUUCGCAGUGGUGGUCUCCAGCCCUCCUAACUUCCCCACUACUUCGCCUUUAUCAAUUUCCUACGUGGCAGCGCUUUACGGAGUGCCAGUGAUCGGGGUGAGCACCCGACAAGCCGUCUUCAGUGAUAAGUAUGCUCACGCCAGCUUCCUUCGCACUGUACCGCCAUUCUCUCUUGAAGCGCGCGUUUGGGCCGACCUCAUCGCCGCCUUCGAGUGGCAUGAGGUCGUUCUUAUCCACUCCGAUAACUGUCAAGACGCAAAAGCCCUCCUUGCUCACCUUGAGUUGGCACGGCAAAGAGUCGACUUCAAGAUCACUCAGACGAUUGGCGUGAACACCGACGAGACGGAUGUAGUUAAUCAUCACGAACUGUUCAGUAGAUUGGAGGGCAUUAAAGUUGGCCAGACGCGAGCCAUCCUACUCUUCGUGACGCGUCGCUACUCCGAGCACAUCUUUACUGUGGCCGAACGACUGGGUAUUCUCGGCAAGGAGUGGGCUUGGCUGGUCUCUGAACAGUGUCUUGGUGCCAGUAAUAUACCUUUGGGUGUCCUCGGCGUUCGUCUUGCUCAAUCGGACGAGUUAUUGCACGUGAACGAUGCGGCGCGCGUAGCAACAGAGGGGAUAAUCCGACUGGCCCGACGUGAACCCAAUGCCAUGUUCGAGUUGCAGUCAAUGAAAAACUGCAACCAGGAAAUUGAAAUGGUUGAUCGAAUGUCACAAAACUCCAACUACUCGUGGCUCGACUACUCUGUCAAGCUAUACUCAUCCAUGAUCGGGGUGGUGCUGGAGGACGGUGAAACCGGGCACGUGGAGUUCGACAGUCGAGGUGAUCGAGUGGGUUCGCUCUACGACAUCGUCAAUGUUCAACCGCGCAGUGAUUGCCGAGAGCACUCCAGUUCAUGCAGAUCCACCAUCAAUACAGUUGGGAAGUACGGACUCGUGCAGAACAGUAAAGGCGCCAAGGUGUCACGGCUAUCAAUUGACACGGCGCACAUCUACUGGCCGGGCAAUUACAAGCAGAAAAAGGUGACAGAUAUCUGCGUAAAGAAGCAUGCUCGCACAAACGAGUGUCUGGAACGCGCAACGCGACUCCUUCCACCACCGAGUUUUAAGAAGAAGACACAUUUGAAGGUAGUGACCAUCCAGAGCACUCCCUUCGUCGACCAUGUUCUCAAACCACCAGGUGGACGAUGCAACACCAGCGAUCACGUAGAAGAUCUCAAGUUCCAGGUGGAAUGUACGCACACCAACGCCACCACCGGUGCGUCGGCAUGCUCUGUUCACAAGUCCAUGUCACCUAUGUUGUCCACCAUCUGGUCUUCCCGUCUUGCAUGCUGCAAAUGGGUUUUUGGUCGUUGA